AUGGCUGCUGAUUCCGACCUCGUAUGGCCUUUUGGGAACCUCCACGGAAUCGGCCGCGACGACAUCCGCGAGACCGCUUAUGAGAUCUUCUUCACCGCUUGCCGGUCUUCCCCCGGCUUCGGUGGCCGGAACGCAUUGAAUUUUUACUCCAACAACGACAACAACAAUGGUAACAACAAUAAUAACAACAAUGGAGAUGGGCAUAAUGGUAAUGGUAUUAAUGGGCCAGGGACGAAGCAGAAUGGCCAUGUGGUGACUACGCCAACGAGUCGGGUCAAGCGGGCUCUGGGGUUGAAGAUGAUCAAGCGGUCGCCGUCGAGGAGGAUGGUUUCGGGGUCCAAUCCGUCGUCACCUGGGUCGGUGAACGCUGGGGGGUCGCCGUCCAUGUCGUUCACGGUGCCGCAGCUGGGCAGACCGAGGAGGCCGAUGACUUCGGCGGAGAUUAUGAGGCAGCAGAUGCGGGUCACCGAGCAGAGUGAUAAUAGGCUCCGGAAGACUCUCAUGAGAACUCUCGUAGGCCAAAUGGGUAGGCGAGCGGAGACUAUAAUUCUUCCCUUGGAGCUUCUCCGCCACCUCAAACCUUCGGAAUUCAACGACUCCCAUGAGUACCACCUUUGGCAAAAACGACAACUCAAAAUCCUUGAAGCCGGUCUUCUCCUCCACCCAUCAAUCCCACUCGAGAAGCCCAACACCUUCGUCACGCGCCUCCGUGACAUCAUACGCUCCAGCGAGUCCAAGCCCAUCGACACCGGCAAGAACUCCGACACCAUGAGAACCCUUUGCAACUCCGUCGUCUCCCUCUCGUGGCGGAGUCCAAACGGGUCAACACCCACCGACGUCUGCCACUGGGCCGACGGAUUUCCGGUCAACGUCCACGUCUACGUGGCGCUUCUGCAGUCAAUCUUUGACGUGAGGGACGAGACCCUAGUCCUGGACGAGGUGGACGAGCUGUUGGAGCUCAUGAAGAAGACCUGGUCAACUCUGGGGAUCACUAGGCAAAUCCACAACGUGUGCUUCACGUGGGUUAUGUUCCACCAAUAUGUGGCCACGGCCAUGGUGGAGCAGGACCUUCUGUACGCGUCUCACACCAUGCUGGCCGAGGUGGCCAGCGACGCCAAGAAGCUCGACAGGGAUGUCGUUUGGGCCAAGAUAUUGUCGUCCGUUUUGGGGUCGGUGCUGGGGUGGGCCGAGAAGAGAAUGCUUCGAUACCAUGAUUAUUUUUUGAAGGGUAACGUUUCGCAGAUUGAGAACCUUCUCCCCUUGGCCUUGUCAGCCUCAAGGAUUUUGGGAGAGGAUUUCACCAUCACAGAAGGCAGUAGCGGCGGCGGUGGUAAAGGAAAAGAUAAGAGAGACACGACUGUGGUGGUGGUCGACUCAUCUCGAGAUCGUGUGGAUCAUUACAUUCGUUCUUCCGUGAAGAAUGCAUUUGCAAAGAUAAUUGAACAUGCCAAUUCGAAAGAAGUAAAGGAAGAGGAAGCAAGUGGAGCUCUACUUCAAUUAGCCAAAGAGACAGAGGAUUUGGCCUUGAAAGAGAGGGAAGGUUUCAGCCCCAUACUAAAGAGAUGGCACUCUACGGCGGUCGGAGUUGCUGCGGUGACGCUUCACAACUGCUAUGGAGCUGUGUUAAAGCAGUACUUGAGUGGGGUCUCGACGUUAUCAUGUGAGACAGUUGGAGUUCUUCAAAGGGCUGGCAAGUUGGAAAAGAUGUUAGUUCAAAUGGUGGUGGAGGACUCUGUGGACUGCGAAGAUGGCGGCAAGACUAUUGUUAGGGAGAUGGUUCCUUAUGAAGUUGAUUAUGUCAUAUUGAACCUUUUGAAGAAGUGGAUUCUUGAGAGAUUGGCCAAAGGACAUGAAUGCCUUAACAGAGCUAAAGAAACCGAGACAUGGAAUCCAAAGUCCAAAUCUGAGCCUUAUGCACAAUCAGCUGUGGAGCUAACAAGGUUGGCUAAAGAAGCAGUGGACGAGUUCUUUGAAAUUCCUAUAGGAAUCACUGAAGAUUUAGUUCAAGAUCUUGCUGAUGGUUUGGAGAAUCUCCUCCAAGAUUAUACUACGUUUGUUGCCUCAUGUGGUUCGAAACAAAGUUACGUACCAACACUACCCCCUCUAACCAGAUGCAACCGAGACUCAAAGUUCCUCAAACUAUGGAAGAAAGCAAGUCCAUGCGGUUCAAGCCUAGAAGAAUCAUACCAAAAUGGAUUCACAAACGAAGGCCACCAUCCUCGCCCAUCAACAAGCCGAGGAACACAGCGUCUCUACAUCCGACUCAACACCUUGCACUAUCUCCUAACCCACAUCAACUCCUUAGACAAAUCACUUUCAAUGUCCCCAAGAAUCAUUCCCUCCACCCGAAACCGCUUCACCAACACUCGAAAAGCACAAGAAAACUCCUCUUCCACUUCAUCUUCCUCCUACUCUUACUUCGAACGCGCACACUCAUCAAUCCAAUCGGCCGGACAACACGUCUCCGAAGUGGCAGCAUACCGUCUCAUCUUCCUCGAUUCCAACUCCGUCUUCUACGAAAGCCUCUACGUCGACGACGUCACGAAUGCAAGGAUCCGGCCAGCUCUUCGAACACUCAAGCAAAACCUAACCCUAAUGAGUGCCAUGCUCACUGACCGGGCUCAGGCCUUGGCCAUGAGGGAAGUCAUGAAGGCCUCGUUUGAGGCCUUCCUCAUGGUGUUGCUAGCCGGGGGAAGCUCUAGGGUUUUUCUCCGGUCCGAUCAGGAGAUGAUAGAGGAGGAUUUCGAGAGCUUGAAGAGGGUCUUCUGCACGAGCGGCGGCGGUGAAGGGUUGAUUACGGAGGGAGUGGUGGAAAGGGAGGCGGAGACGGUUGAAGGGGUGAUAGGUUUGAUGGGGCAAUGCACUGAGCAACUCAUGGAGGAUUUCAGCAUCAUAACGUGCGAAACUAGUGGAAUAGGAGUUGUGAUGAGUAGUAGCAACAACACUGGUACUGGUAAUAUUGGACUUGUACAAAAGCUUCCGAUGCCUCCCACCACCGGAAGGUGGCACCGGUCUGAUCCCAACACGAUACUGAGAGUGUUGUGUCACAGAAAUGAUCGAGCAGCCAAUCAGUUCUUGAAGAGGAAUUUCCAGCUAGCCAAGAGAAGAUGAUCAUUUAUAUGAUGGUCGAAUUAAGUUGAAAAUUGUUCAUAACAUGAUUUUUUUUCUUUUAUUUUUUUGUUCGGUAAUAUUAUUUGGAUCAUGGGAAUAUAAUUGUAUUUUGGUGCAUUCAUUUCUUGUAUUGAUCAUCUUGAUGAUCAUUUACUUUUAGUGGUGUGACCAUAAGAAAAUCCAAAGGAAAGUGAGGUGGGCAU